UAAUUUUAUAAUUUUUUUUUUCAAUUUUGAAGUGUAAAUAUGUUCAUCAGCUGUCCACAAUCAUUUUAUUAAUAACACGAAAUAUUCAUAGUAGAGUUUCAAUCAUAUUUUUGACGUGUUAUCUCCAUUAAAUAAAAUGGAUACAUUUUAUCCGAAAUUUGGUGAAGUGGAAUUGGUUUUAGUCGAUGAUGACAAUGAUUUUUAUGAUCCAUUAGAAUCAAAUUUCGAAAUUGAAGACAAAGAAGAAACAAAACUUCAAUUGGAUGAUACGGUAUACGACGAAAGUCAGUUCCAUUUGGUUUCGGAUGAAUCAUCAAAUAGCAUAGCCGAUGCAGUUGGUGCUGAAUCAAUAAAACAGGAAGUUUCCCAUGAAAAUAGUGACAAAAUACCCAAUAUUUCGGUAAAAAUUGAAAAAAAUUGCGAAAGUAGCAAUGAUUCGUUCGAUAUAGAGGAUAAUGUGCAAUGCUAUGAUUCCGAUAGUUUAUCAGAUGAAUAUGAAACCAAGCCAAAUUUAGAAGAAAUUUUGCCAAUUGACGACAACAUCACAAAUCCAAGUGCAAAUAAAUCGGAACAAAUUGAUAAGACUGAGAGUAAGCCACCUAUAUGCGAGACAAAAUCAAAGCAAAAAGGCAGUAAGGUCAAGACUAAAAUAGAAAAUGUGGCUGCAGAAGCCAGCACGAGUAAAACGAAAGUUAAAAAAGAGCCCAAUGUGACAAAAAAGCGAUUAAAAGAUAUUAAGAAGGUAGAAAUUUCAACAGAAAAAUCAACAAGGCAAUAUAGCAGACGAAAUGAAAUUCCAAAAGAAGCGGUACAUAAUGAAGCAUAUGAUAAAAAAUUGCUCAACUGUAAGAUUUGCAAUAUCCAAUUUGAUAAAUCGCCCUUUUUUACGGAACACAUGCGAGAAAAACAUUCAAUUGAUAAACCGUUCGAGUGUUUUAUCUGCCAAAAAGCGUAUCGCAUUAGCAGCUUAUUGGCUGAGCACAUAAGAUAUCAUUUUGGAGAGAAGCCCUACAAAUGCAAAUAUGAAUUUUGUGAUCGGAGCUUUAGUCAAUUACAACCAUACAAAGCGCACAUUCGGAAAUUUCAUACUCUUGAACGACCUUAUAAAUGUGAUUUUGUUGAUCAAAAUAAUGUAAAAUGUGAUGAGUCAUUUUUUGAUACAAAAACGUACAAGUUUCAUAUGAGAGAACACACUGGAUCGCAUCCAUUCACCUGCGAAUUUUGUGAAAAAAAAUUUGAUCAUUCUGGACAAUAUCAAGCACACGUGAGAAUCCAUACUAAUGAGAAACCCUAUCAAUGUUCGAUUUGCGGGAAGUCAUUUGCGCAAAUUAGUACACACAAAGCACACAUGCUUACGCACAGCGAUGAGUUCAGAUUCCCAUGCACUGAGCCGGGAUGUGAUAAAAAAUUUAAACAAGCCACUAACCUGAAAUUGCAUAUGCGCGUUCAUACAAAAGAAACACCAUAUAAAUGUGAGGAUUGUGGGCGAGGCUUUGCACAACUGGUUACAUAUCGAAACCAUCGACGCAUUCACACCGGUGAAAAGCCAUUCCAUUGUACUUAUGAUGACUGUGGCAAAAGUUUUCGACAUCGAAAUUCAUUUCGACGACAUUUACAAACGCACACCGGCGAAAAACCAUUCGAGUGUCAAAUAUGUUUUAAGAGAUUGAGUCAAACGUCAUCGUACAUCUCCCAUAUGAAAAGACACCAAAAAUCCGAAAAAAGUUGAUUGUCCACAUUAAUUUAAAUCGCUGGUAUUUGAUAAGAUCUCAAUGGUUCUUUUUAAUUGUAUGUUUUUAAGUAUUCGUUUUCUUAAAAUACACCAUUGUCAUCAAUAAAUGAAUACAUCUAAUAAAUUUUUGUACAAAAGAUAUUAAA